AGAGAGAGAGAGGGAAUACAGUUGGAUUUGGAUACAACUGGAAAAGUACCAAGCGCGCACAGCACGCACCGAGCGGAAGGCACAUCGACGGUGCGUAGCCAGCAUUUCACCUACUCCCCCCCGUCCCCUGCGAUAGGAUUCAGGCGAGAAUGGAGCUCCCUGCCGCCGGAGAGCACGUCUUUGCGGUGGAGGGCAUCGAAAAGAAGCGCAUCCGCAAGGGCAAGAUAGAGUACCUGGUCAAGUGGCGAGGCUGGUCUCCCAAAUACAACACAUGGGAGCCAGAGGAAAACAUCCUUGACCCGCGUCUCCUGGUCGCAUUUCAACACAGAGAGAGACAGGAGCAGCAGCUGGGAUAUCGCAAACGUGGGCCGAAACCAAAACAUCUUCUGCUGCAGGUACCCUCCUUUGCCAGAAGAUCCAGUAUUCCUGCAGGUUUUGAGGAAUCAUCUCAGGAUGCAGAGGGUAGCCUCAAGUCCGAUCCAGUCCACAUCCAGCGCCCCCAGCCUCAACAGUACCAGCUGAACAGCAAGAAGCACCAUCAGUACCAGCCCAGCUGCCAGGAGGUGCCUGCUGACCAGCUAACCAAUGGCAAGAAGAAAUUCAUCUACCAGCUCAACAGCAAGAAGCACCACCACUAUGAGCCUGACCUCAAUAUGUACGAUGCACAGGCUUCAAGGCUCAAAGAGGUGGUCAAAGUUCAGGAACCAGCCAGUAAACCAGCAAAUCCUGGCUGGAACUUACCGCUGGCCCUGCAGCAAAAAUGGGUUCGCGACAAAGACACAGGCUGCUUAAGCAAGGUCAAAGAGUUGGCAGUGGAGGUGAGAAAACCAGCUAUUAAAGAGGCUGAGAGUGAACAUGCCCUUAAACCCAAUCCUAAAGACGCAACCCUGCCUAGCGCUAUUAGCAGCAAAAUGAAGAUAAUCAAGAACAAAAACAAGAAUGGACGUAUUGUUAUUGUCAUGAGCAAAUAUAUGGACAGCAACAAGGUUCACGGAGCAAAGGGUAAACACGGGGAAUCAUCAAGUGAAGAAAAACCCCAAAACGCCAAACCAUCAGAGAACAAUCCAGCACACACAACCAAAAUGUUGGAGUACCCGGAGAACGGUAUCCCCAAAGAGAUUUGUAACGGCAGCUCCCUCCCUGCCGCAGAGCAUCCUAUAAAGUGUUCCCCAAAGGACAGACAUUUUUCCAAACCUUCACCGAGCACAGCAGAGGAAUACAACACAGAAGUGGCUCGCGGUCAGGCUGAUUUACCGGAUGAUCUACCCCUUCAGCUGACCGCUAGCUCACCCCUAACGUCUUGGGCUGUGGACACCAACAUCCCGACCCCUACAGGCGUUGACCAGAUCAGGAUCCCCUCUUUUCCCAAUGAACGCAAGCGAAAACUAUCGGAUCCAGUCGAGGACAGGAGUGUUUCUAAAACCUACCUGACUUCCAGAAGCUUCAGUGUCCCCAGCACUGUGGUCACGCCGCCUCAGGACAAACCUAUGGACCUCCACUGUAGUGGCCCACGCCGCAGCAGUACAUGUACAUAUGAGGUUGUGGACUCUGGCAGCCAAGAGGAGCCUAUGGAUCUCAGCUGCCCAAAGACUAAGAAGCCGGUGGAGCCAGAAGUACAGCCGGAGCCUGAGCCUGCUGUGAAAAACACACCUCCUGUGACAGAAGACACACAGAAAUCCACAGAAAAAUCUAAAGAAGCACCUGUUAAAAAAAUCUCCCCUUUUAUGGGAAAUAUCAUAAUCACUGAUAUCACCACAAACAGUCUCACCGUCACGUUCAAGGAAUAUGUUUCUUUCUAAGAAACUACUUGUAAAAUGGGACUGCCAGUGACCGCUUGGAUAAUCCUGUUAAUAUGUGCAUAUGUAAAAACAUCCAAAUUUUGUAUAUGUGGAAAUUUAUAAUUUAUCAUUCAAAUCCAAUAUGUUUCUUAUAAUGUUUUAUACUGUAACUCCUCUGUGACGUUGUAGCCAAGAAAGUGCCCUCGAGGAUUUGAGCGAAUGCAUUCAGGUGGAUGUAUUCCACAAAAAAACAAACAAACAAAAAAAACUGUUUAUUUGUCAUAUGGAGCUUAAUGGGAUACUUUUGCUGUUGUUUCAUACCUGUACCAAACUUAUAACCUGAGAUGUAUGAAGGUUUAUACAUAUUUUGUAUUAAUAAUAUCACUUAUUUUGGUCCUGAUAGAAGGUAGAGAGGAAGUUGUUGAAUAUAUGGUGAUCAAAGAUCAAAUUGAAAGCACUUAAUUACAUUUUCAUAUGUUGGUUUGUGUCAUUACUAGUGGAGAAACAGCUGUUCUCUUGAAGUCUUAUUUCACAGAUGUUUACUCCAUACAGGUACCCUCAAAAAGAACUGGCAUAUUUUGUUACAGGUGUGUUUGAUUACAGCGUACACACAGAGACAACUGUGGGACGCACUCUGCCGUGUCAACAACAUUUAAGAAAUGUCUUUUCUUUUGUCAGGUUUUGGUCUUGCCAUUGAGAUGCAACAAAGCCAUCAGUAAAUCUUCCGUUGCAACCCCGACUUCCAUUGCACAUUUCACCUUUAGAAAACAUUUAUAGAAUUAAAUGUGACAUGUACUUUCUCAAAGGUCAGUUACUAUAAAGAAAAUGGUAUCAUUUAUCAAGCGUGUUACUUCCUGUAAAGACGGCGUAUUGAUUCUUACCAUGAUUAGGUUGUGGUUUAUUGCCUAAUAGUUGACCUCACAUAUUGCUGGAGUUACUUUAAAAAUACAUGCUAGUCUCGUUAGGAGUCUCCUAAUGUCACACAGAUUAGCGAUAUUCAUCUCAUUUUGCUCUUUAAGCUCAUUACAUGAUCUGAAAAAACACAUAAUAAUGCUAUUUGCUUUAGAAAAAUCUACCAGGGUCAUUACUGAGUAUGUUACACAGAUUAAAUGUGAGGGAUGUGCGAGGCAGGAUUUGUAUACUGUUACGUGCGAUCCAAUGAGUGCAAGCUGUUCUGAUUAUGCUGCUGAAAAUCCAAUAUGUCAAAGCUGUUGGAUGUAACCUACAUUCGAGUCUAAAUUGCCUUCCAUGCACAUUUAAUGCAAAACCAGUGAGAAUGCUAAAAAGCUAUAAUAAUAAAAAUGAAGAGUGCAUAUUUAUUGACGUUUAAUUUGUUGUUCAAAAACAAUUACGAGAUGUUGUCUGCAUCAGAAGCUGCAGGUGAUUUGUCCUUUUUAAGAGAUGUUUUGAGUCUGUUUGCUUCUUUCUGUUCUCUAUCUUUUUGCUUUGCUUUGUUCAUUCUUUCUUGCACUUGGUUCAAAGUCAAAACGAUUGUUAUAAAGUAUCUUCUACCACGAGCUGGUUUACUUAUUGCUGUUGGCACAGCUUAUUGGAUGGUAUGUUUCACAAUAAAGAAAGAGAAAUGA